CGAUGGUGUUACAGGUAAGGGAUUUUUAGCCGUAAAAUGACCUCUACCGUCUUCAGACGGUGACACCUUCUUCUGGCCUCUGCUUUCUCUUUUUCUGAUUCUUCUGCUUUUCAAUUUCAUCAUCGUGACCAUCGGAACUCCCUACCUCCCUCUUUGGUGCUGCAAGCUAUUUUGAACUUGGGAUUGAUUAAUUGCCGUGCAUCGAUAUCAUUGUCCUUCUGGCUCAUUUAGGACUGCAUUUUGGAAUUAUUGCAGAGAGAGGGGCUGUUGCUGUUAAUUUCACAUCUUUAAGCUAUAGGAAUCCAAGUUUUUAUUUGAUUUGGAUGAUCAAUUUUUGCACAAGUUUUUGGUGAUCUACAAGUCACGCUACAGGUCAGCUUCUUUGUACUUUGUGAUUAGAUUGGCUAGUGGGUUAUUUGCUACAUUCUUCGCAUCAUGCCAGUAGUUCGAAAAUUGUGUGAUACUUGCAAAGAGUCUUUCUCAACUAAUGGUCCAGUAUCAGAAGACGCUCUUGAAAAAGUUCGUGGAAUUCUAGAUCAAAUGAAGCCUUCUAAUGUGGGUCUCGAACAGGAGGCGCAAUUGGUUCGUCAAUGGAAUGGAUCUAUAAAUGGUACUAAUGGCAAAAGAGGGCGAAAUGGCAGUGCUCAGUACCCACCUCCAAUCAAAUAUUUGCACUUGCAUGAGUGUAAAAACAAAUUCUCUAUAGGAAUCUUUUGUAUGCCACCUUCCUCUAUCAUACCACUUCACAAUCAUCCUGGGAUGACCGUGUUGAGCAAGCUUCUUUAUGGUUCAUUACUUGUGAAGUCAUAUGAUUGGCUUGAUCUCCCUGGGUUUGAUGAUCCCUCUCAAGAUGUAGUUCCAUCGGUUAAUGUUGGUCUGAGCACCCAAUUCUCAAUUUCUCGUCUUUUGCAUCCUUGUUCAAAGAUUGAGUUUGGUUUGUGGAAAUUUACAGCAAGACCUGCAAAACUGGUAAGAGAUUGUGAAAUGACUGCACCCUGUGGUACAACAGUUCUUUAUCCCAAUAGGGGUGGCAACAUUCAUUGUUUCAAAGCCUUGACACCCUGUGCUCUCUUAGAUGUUCUUUCACCCCCAUAUUCUUCAGAAGAUGGGCGACACUGCUCUUAUUUCAGAAGGGUCCCUGGAAGUGUUCUACCAGAAGGUGCUGCUCAAUUGUGUGGCAUAGAACCCUCUGAAGUGGCAUGGUUAGAAGAAACUCAGCCUCCAGAAAACUUUGUAAUUCUCAGAGGGGAAUACAGAGGCCCUAAUAUUAGGCGUUAAAAGUUUUUUCCUCUCUUUCCUCUUUUGAAUAGGAUGUAAAAUACCAUUAAUCAGAUUAGAUGAACACAUGGAUAACCCUGGAAUUGAUUCCUGGAAAAUUAGCUGUCAACGGAUUUGGCAAAAUAAUAAUUAGUCAUUGGCUUUUGUAA